GGGGGCGGUGGCGAAGGUGGUGGCUGAAUCUCUGGCGUCGGCGGGGGCGACUCCGCACUCGGUGGGCUCGGGGUCAGAGAAACAUGGCUACAAGGCGAAUUGCACAGGAGACUUUUGAUGCCGUGCUACAAGAAAAAGCUAACAGGUAUCACAUGGACCCCAGUGGUGAAGCUGUAGGUGAAGCUCUGCAAUUUAAAGCUCAAGAUCUUAUAAGGACACUGCCAAGAGUCAGAGCAGAUAUGUAUGAUGACAUUCACAGUGACAGCAGAUACACUCUGGGCGGAUCUGUAGCUCACUCUCGAGAUGCUGGGAGAGAAGGCCUGAGAGGUGAUGUAUUCCCAGGACCUUCCUUCAGGUCAAACAAUCCUUCUGUAAAUGAAGACAACUACUUUCGCAAAGACUGUGGCCGGGAUCUGGAAUUUCCCCACCCUGAUUCCCGAGAUCAGGUCUUUGGCCACCGGAAAUUGGGACAUUUCCGUUCUCCAGACUGGAAAUUUACACUUCGUGGCUCUUGGGAACAAGACCUUGGCCACCCAGUUUCUCAAGAAUCGUCUUGGUCACAGGAGUAUAAUUUUGGUCCUUCUGCACUACUAGGGGACUUUGGGUCCUCCAGGCUGAUUGAGAAAGAGUGUUUGGAGAAAGAGAGUCGGGAUUAUGACGUGGACCGUCCAGGGGAGGCAGACUCUGUGCUCAGGGCCAGUGGCCAAGUCCAGGGCAGAGGCCGAGGUCUAAACAUCGUUGAUCAGGAGGGUGCCCUCCUAGGAAAGGGGGAGUCUCAGGGCCUGCUUACACCUAAAGGGGGGGUUGGGAAGCUUGUCACACUGAGGAAUGUGAGCACAAAAAAAGUACCCACUAUAAAUCGCAUCACUCCCAAAACUCAGGGCACUAAUCAAAUCCAGAAAACCACCCCAAGUUCUGAUGUGACCCUAGGUGCAAACCCAGGGACAGAAGAUAUCCAAUUCCCCCCUCAGAAGAUCCCUCUGGGGCUCAAUCUAAAGGACAUUCGUCUCCCAAGAAGAAAAAUGAGUUUUGAUCUCAUAGAUAAGUCCGAUGUUUUUUCAAGAUUUGGGAUAGAAAUAAUCAAAUGGGCAGGAUUUCACACCAUAAAAGAUGAUGUUAAAUUUUCCCAGCUUUUCCAGACUCUCUUUGAACUUGAAACUGAAACCUGUGCUAAAAUGCUUGCCUCAUUUAAAUGCUCCUUAAAACCAGAGCACAGAGAUUUUUGCUUUUUUACUAUCAAAUUUUUAAAGCACUCUGCUUUGAAAACACCCAGAGUUGAUAAUGAGUUUUUAAACAUGCUUUUAGACAAAGGUGCUGUGAAGACCAAAAAUUGCUUUUUCGAAAUCAUAAAGCCCUUUGACAAGUACAUAAUGAGGCUUCAAGACCGGCUUCUAAAGAGUGUCACGCCCCUGCUCAUGGCCUGCAAUGCCUAUGAGCUGAGUGUCAAAAUGAAGACCCUUAGUAACCCCCUGGACUUGGCCGUUGCCCUAGAGACCACCAAUUCUCUCUGCCGGAAGUCUUUAGCCCUUUUGGGACAGACGUUCUCCUUGGCCUCUUCUUUCCGGCAAGAGAAAAUCUUAGAAGCUGUCGGCCUUCAAGAUAUAGCUCCCUCCCCUGCCGCAUUUCCCAACUUUGAAGACUCCACUCUGUUUGGGAGAGAGUACAUAGAUCAUCUGAAGGCCUGGCUGGUCAACAGUGGGUGUCCACUCCAGGUCAAGAAAGCUGAACCUGCGCCAACUCAAGAUGAGAAAACGGUUCCUCCUACCGAACCUGAAAUUCAGGCCAAAGCUCUGAGUGGUCUAAGUGAUGCUAUCCCCCAGCGAGCAGAUCACAAGGUGGUGGACAUCAUCAACCAGCUGGUCACACGUGUCGUUGGAGGCAGCUUGUCUCCUAAAGAGAGAGCUCUUCUCAAGGAAGACCCUGCUUACUGGUUUUUGUCUGAUGACAGUAGUCUGGAGUAUAACUAUUACAAGCUGAAACUGGCAGAAGCACAGCGGAUAAGCCAGACCUCGCCAGGAGUGGGUCAGAAGCCAAUGGCUGCAGAGUGUGCAGUCCGGGCCAUGCUGUACGCCCGGGCAGUCCAGAGCCUCAAGAAGAGGCUCCUCCCAGGGCGACGGCGGGGGCUGCUCCGAGCUCCAGGGCUCCAGGGUUGGAAGGUGAGGAGAGCAACCAUCGGGACCCAGACCCUCCUCUCCUCGGGCACCAGGCUGAAACACCACAUCCGGCAAGCUCCAGGCUCCUUGCAGGGAAAGCCGCCCCAGCCAGAUGGAAAUGAUGCUGCCAAGGACUGCCCACCAGACUCCGCCGGGCCCUCUCCUCAGGACCUGAGCUCAGAAGCUGCAGGCCCAUCCCCCAAGCCAGCGGGAGUGGACAUAUCUGAAGCCCCUCAGAGCUCCUCUCCCUGCUUGUCUGCUGACGUUGACUUGAAGACUAUGGAGACUGCAGAGAAACUGGCCAAAUUUGUUGCUCAGGUGGGACCAGAGAUUGAACAAUUCAGCAUAGAAAACAGCACCGACAACCCUGACCUGUGGUUUCUACAAGACCAAAAUAGCUCAGCUUUCAAAUUCUAUAGAAAGAAGGUAUUUGAACUGUGCCCAUCGAUUUGUUUUACAUCACCUUCGCUGAACCUCCAUGCCAGCGAGAGCGCCCUAGAGUCCGUGGAAGGGGAAGGAGAGUUUGCGAAUGAGCCUCCUCACCAGGAGGUUGAGCUGGAGAGCCUAGAGGUGAUGCCUGAGGAGGAGGAGGAGGAAGAGGAAGAGGAGGAGGAGGAGGAAGAGGAUGAAGAGGAGGAGGCCCUCACUCCUGGAGGGCCCUCCAGGGCUCCAGGAGGGGCUGCCACUUCUGAGGGCUCCGAGGGCAGCCCCCCGACUGAUGGCCUUCCAAGCGAGGCAGCCGAGGAUGGCCCUGCUGGCACGUCUGCCCAGGCCUGCUUUCCCCGGAAGAGGGUCAGCAGCAAGUCAUUGAAGGUCGGCAUGAUUCCGGCUCCCAAGAGGCUGUGUCUCAUCCAAGAGCCCAAAGUUCACGAACCAGUUCGUAUCGCCUAUGACAGGCCUCGGGGUCGUCCUGUGUCCAAAAAGAAGAAACCCAAGGACUUUGACUUCACCCAGCAAAAGCUGACCGACAAGAACCUGGGGUUCCAGAUGCUGCAGAAGAUGGGCUGGAAGGAAGGCCACGGCCUGGGCUCCUGUGGGAAGGGCAUCAGGGAGCCCGUUGGCAUGGGUACGGCCUCCGAAGGGGAGGGGUUGGGCGCCGAAGGGCAGGAGCACAAGGAAGACACGUUUGACGUCUUCCGUCAGAGGAUGAUGCAGAUGUACAGACACAAACGAGCCAACAAAUAGAUGAAAACCAUUGGUGAGAAAGAUAAGCCUUGAAGCAACAAUUAUUCUAAAAACGCCACCUCUGCCCCGGAUCCACCCUGGAGCCAGAGCCCAAGUCAGUUCGAACUUAAACGGGAAGCAAUCUGUACUCUGGCACCACAGCCUGUCGGUGGAGCACUGAAGCUCUGAACAAGUGGAGAUACUUGAUUCCAUGAAUGUGUUAUUUAUGGAGUCUCAUCUCUUAAAUGCAUCCCAAGAGACUUAACAAAAUUUAGCAACGGUAUAAUACAGCUGUAUUCAGUGGGGAGUAGUCACGACACUGAUGAAACUUUCCCCAAAUUUUUAAUUCUCUUUAGAAUCCACAAAGAAAGCUACAGUUUGUGUUUUCUUUUUAAACCACAUAUGAGGUUUCCUACAAAGGGGUGGGGAUAAACUCUUCCAGACUCUUCAUUUUUUGCAUGUGUGCAGUGGAAAUAAUUGUUUGGUCAGGGCCCUUUUACAGAACAGGGAGGAUCCUCUAGGGGUGGGCUCCACAGCUGUUUGCUCUUUCGAGGUGUAUGGCUGCCACCCCUUCCAGCUUCUCCCUGUGCUUUGCAACUACAUGUUAAAUUCUCAGGCUGUGAUCAUCUCAGCGCUUCUUCCUAAAACAGCAGUGUUGAAGUUUUAAAUAUGUACUAAAAUCUAGAUAACUUGGUCAUUCUGAUGGUACAUGCUUGAGGAACACAGCAGUGAGUUACCUUGUCAGCUGCUUGUGUUGGCUGCCAAGAAACCCUUGCAUUCUCAGAGCACAGACCUCCCAAUUAUAGUCCUGCUUCUGUGGUUCUGUCUUAUCUAUGUCUGUCCUGCCGCUCACCAUGGCAUCUCGCCUGCCUGGUACCAACUCUCUACAUGUCAGGUAUAGCCCCCAGAUCUCUGCCUGCUUCUGGUCACUUCUAUUGCUUUGGCAUCCAGCACAUCUUUAUGGCCAUGGCAAUGCUGGCGGUCCUUCAGCAGAGGUGAACCAGCCUGCAAGGGUGGUGUGUUUUGGGAGAAGCACACUGUGGAAGUUCAUCUUCUACUCCUCUCUUUCCCAGUCCUUCCGUCAGCCUUCCAUGUUGGCUGUGGGUUGGGCCACAAGAUGGAAUUCUGAGAACAGGGCCUUGGUCACAAAGUACCUGUUGACCUGAGUGAGACGGGCAUCCCCCAGCACAUUUCUUUCUCUUGGAGCGUAGCUCUGAACGUCAUAUUCGCUCUGGCCUAGUGUGUUCAUUCUUGGCUUUCUCCACUUUUAUUCACAAGUAAAAUGCUUUAGGAAUUCCCAGGAUGUGAGCCUUGUCCCCACAACCUCCUGCCACUCCUCCUCCUGGGGACAUGAACCUUUGGCAAGUAUUAAAGGAAACACCUACUUCUUGAGCCUGCAAAGUCUUCUGAGCACUUAAGUGACAUUUCUCCUGUGGAGUCAACAUUGAGGCGUCGCAGGUGCCAGGGUGGAGCAUGGUGGAGUGUCCUCUGCCAGCUGCUGGCCGGGGACCAGUGCGUGCUGGCCCUCUGUGCAAUCUUGCUCUCUCAGCAAAGGAUGCUCUGCAGGGAACUUGUGAGUGCGUGUGCGGGUGUGUGGCCUUGUCCAAGUCACAGCGUCUUUUCUGUCGUUCUAGUUCCAGGGUCUCUCCCGUGAGGACAACAGGCAUCCGGAAAGUGCUAACUCGCCACUUUGGGUGCUUACUGUCUGGCUUGUUUCCAUCACUGGAAAUCAAAUAGAGAAUCUUAGUGGUUUUGGUCCUUGGUAAAACCUAGAAGACGUGUGUGAUGUUACAAAAUGCAAGUUUUGUUUUUGUUUUUAAUCUAAGAAGUUGUGAAUGUUAAUCACUUAGCAGUUGCAAUAAAUGUAGAGGAACCCGA